ACAAUUAGGCUUCUCACCCCAUGACCAGGACCCCUGACUGUAAUUGGAUAAUUCGGAUGAGGGCGGUGAUGGGGGAAGAAGGGCGGGAACAAAUCCUAGAAACAAAGAAAGGUCUUUGGGUGAGACAGAAAGGGAGGGGCAAGCGGAGAGUUUCCCAGGCCGAGGUCCCUACUUAGUUUUGAUUUUGCCCCCCGCGGCUCCAGGGAGCAGAGGGGGAGGGGACCCGGGCCUCGCCCAAACUUCACCGCUUUGGGGGCGGGGCCUCAAGGGCGGGGCUAUGUGGAGCCGGGAGGCGGGGCGGGGUAGCUGAGAGUGGCCCCCUAGUGGGGCCAUGGAGAAGCUGCAAUCUCUGCGGGCUGCAGGCGGCCUUAACGGGGAAUCUCCUGGAAACAACAGAGUCGAGGCAGGCGCCGGGCUGCCCUCCGUAGUCAUGUUUCACGGUUCUGGGCCCCCCAUGCACUCCGGGGGAAUCGUAACUCGCAGUCCUGAAUCUGGCCAGCCCUCCGAGGGGACAGAAGUCCUCGGUUCCGGGCUCAGCCAGCACCCUGGGGAGGUUGCGGGCCACAGCCUUGGGUCUGGCACAUACACGGCCAGAACCAGUGUAUUCGGGACGUCCAACCUGGGGUUCGCGGGGCCUGGAAUGUACAACUCGGAGGACAUUCCGCUCUCCAGGUCAACUUGCAUAUACCCCGACAAACUCUGUGAGGACCGGCCCCGGAGCAUCCUAAAAAAUAGCAGCUACGCUGUGAUGUAUAAAUCCCCCAGGGCGGAGAGGAAAAAGUCUCAGCACUGGGAUGAAAUGAAUAUCCUGGCCACUUACCACCCUACCGACAAGGACUAUGGAUUUAUGACGGUGGAUGAGCCUAGCACUCCCUACCACAGACUGCGGGGCAGCGAUGAGGACCUGCUGGCUGGGACCUCCCACACAGUGACUCCUGAGGAACUAGCAGAGAGGUUUGCAACAAUGGAGAAUUUCUGCCCCAAAAUCCUCCUGUACGGUGAUAACAGAAGCUCAGGGUCUUCGGACACCUUUUCCAAGACACAAUCCAGUGAUUUUGAAAAGCACCGCAAGGCACACUACAAUGAAGGAAAGUUCCUCAAGCUUCAGAGAAACCUGCCCUUGGAUAAUAACAAGAACAGCAGUGUGGGUAGUGUCUGUGUGAGCAGUGGGGGUCGAGGUGUGGUGUUGGACCCAGAGCCCAGGCCUGCAGAGAGAGGAGGGGCAGGAGGCCUGACCAGAGGAGUCAAAGAUGAGUUUGGCCUGGUGACCAGAAACGACAUCUUGGAAGCCAAAGGUAGCCAUAAGACUCAGAUUGAUUUGAGUGACUCCUCAGAUGCCCUUGCCUUCAGAAAUCAGUCCCCAGCUUCAGCCACCACUGUCGUGUUGGGGAAGGAGACAGAUCUGCAACGCAAGGAGUAUUACAGAAAAGAAAGAUACCUGAGGUGCUCUCCCCAGCCUGAGCUUGAGGAGGACACGGAAGAUGAGCAGCAGGCCAGUGAGAGCUGGGCUAGGGCAGUCUGGGGGCGGGAGGGCCUAGAACCAACAGACUUCUAGGUGCCCCAACCUUAGCCCCGUGAUGCUUCCAGGCUCCACAGGCUUGAACUGGGUGAUUGAAGAUCCCAUCAGCACCGAAGUCCGUCUGCUGGACCACACCGGAAGCUCCUCAGAGGAUCCUGAGGCCACGGAGAACUCCCUGAAGGUGACAGUGACACCAUCGAAGCCUGGUGAG